AUGUCCGGACUAAAGUCGAAUCGCAUCGGAUCCGCCAAUGUCGCGUUGCGGCUCGGUGGGACUGCAGUGAUCGUAUCGGUCAGCUUACUCCUUGGCAAGGCCAGGAUCAAAGACAAAGCGGGGUGGGCUUACAGUUCAGCAAGCCUGCCAAAUGCUCCAGAUGCGGUCGACCUGUGCGUGGUGGAACCAGAACAGCGGAUCGCCCGGCGAGGUGAAGAGGUCGUUGUCGAUGCCCGAGAUGAACGUGUGGCCGGCUGCAUGGGGGCCUGCAAAGAAGACGCUCUGGAAGGUGCGGAUGUCGGUCAGAUUGACCAGCAUGAACUGGACGACGUCCCAGUUGGCCGCCAUCUGCAGGAGGGUGUUGUUGAAGUCGCGGAUGAUUGGACGCGGGUUGUACCCCAGUCCGUCUGGCCGCGGGUUUGGAGGCACGUACUCGCCGUUGUCGUACGUGUACAGCACCGGCCCAAGGUGCUGCUCCCAGUUGACGAUCGGCCCAUCGUAGAUGUGGCCGCCGCCGGUCCCCGGAGGAGUGUAGACGCCGAUGGGCGGCGCAUCGGGCGGCAGAGGCCACUGUUGGAUCGUGCCAUUGCGAUUGGGGAUGUACUCGCCGUUGCCGGAGAGCGAGGUCAUGGAGCCAUCGUACAGAGGAUUGGCGGUGGUGGGCAGGGUGGCCCAGUGCGACCACUCCCAGUACGGCUGGUAGCCCUUGUAGCCGCACUCGUCGCGCAUUGCCUUCUCAUACAGCCAGAGGAAAUGGCGGUGCCAGGCGAAGAAGUUGGCGGUGCCGUGGAUGAUUGGGGUGUUGAGGAUGUGGGUGGCCUGGAAGUCGUCGAACCGCGAUCGGGCCCCAGGGACCAGCGCAGGGUCGAAGAUGGAGGGUCGCUUGGCCAUACACUUCAGCGCGUCGAUGUAGUCCCGCCUCUCCCUCUUGCUGAGAUUGCUCCUGUCCUUCCUCGGGCUGGUAUAGCCGUGGGCAAGGGUCACAAAGAGGGCGAGAAUGGCCCAGACAAGAGGCCUCGAGGGGAGCAUGGUGAUGACGACGACGGUGGAUGA